AUGGACUCGGCGACGAUAGGCCGGGCCUCAAAGGCCCUCGUGUAUGCUGUAGGCAUGUUCGCGAUAGGCGCCUUUGUGAGAUUCGUCUAUCGCGGAUACAAGGUCAGGAUGAGAAUCCAGAGCCUACGAGCGCAAGGGAUCCCGACCCUUCCACACUCGCUCAUUUUCGGACACAUACUCAUACUCUUGAAGUUCCACAAGGAGUAUCCUGGUGACGUUCACUUUGGCAUUAUCUUGAGCUGGCUGGUGGACAACUGCAAGAAAUGGAUCCCAGACCUGGACGAUACGCCACCGGUCCUGUAUCUGGACAUCUGGCCCAUCUUCCCAGACAUCAUGAUGAUGGUUCUCGACUGCAACCUGUCGGCGCAGUUCACCCAGAUCAGGAGCCUGCCAAAACACCCUAUAACCCGCACAUUCCUCGAGCCCCUGACCGACAACCUCGACAUGACAUCGGCGGACGGCGCGCAGUCCAAGGUUUGGCGGUCACGGUUCAACCCGAGCUUCAGCCCGCGGAACAUCACCCGGGUCAUCCCAGAGCUCAUUGACGAGAUUCUUGUCUUCAAAGAACUGCUGGGAGAACUGGCCGGCUCUGAGGAAUCAUGGGGUGAGGUUUUUCAGAUGGAGGAGCUCACUACGAAUCUGACAUUUGAUGUUAUUCUUCGCGCGACCUUGGACGAACGACUGCACGAGCAGACGAACCCGGGAGGCAGUCCUCUCAAACGUGCUCUCAUCAUUCAGAUUCAGCUCAUGAGCAAAGUGAUCGGCAUAAAUCGCAUUCUCGGCAUCAAGAGAUGGCCAUGGGAGAUGUGGAGCAGACAUCGCAACAACCAAGCCCUGCGAUAUGCUCUCCUGGGCCGCGUGGAAGCAGUCAUAAAAUCAGGUCUCGUCGCGGAACCAAUCACCGAAAAACAGAACAUACUAAACAUCGCCCUCGCCCGUACGCUCAAGGAGACGGGCGGGCGGGCUCCCGACCAGCAGUCCGUCGACGCCAUCCUGGCCAACCUGAAGCUCUUCCUGUUCGCGGGCCACGACACGACCUCCUCGACCAUCUGCUGGAUGCUCAAGCUGCUGCAGGACAACCCAGACUGCCUGUCCCAGCUGCGCGCAGAGCACGACCGCAUCCUAGGCGCGGACCCAAAGCAAGCCGCCAGGCUCCUGCGCGAGUCGCCCCAGCUGCUGAACAGCCUGCCCUACACCAACGGCGUCGUCAAAGAGACGCUGCGCUUCUAUCCCCUCGCGUCGACCGUGCGCCAGGGCGAGCGUGACUUCUUCCUCCACGCGCCGGGCACGGGGACCCGAUACCCAACCGAGGGCAUGGCCAUCCACGACGUGCCCUCCGUGAUCCAGCUAGACCCGCGCGUGUGGCCACGGGCGACCGAGUUCCUGCCGGAGCGCUGGCUCGCAGGGCCGGGCAAUCCUAUGCACCCGAACAAGGACGCCUGGCGGCCGUUUUCGAUGGGGCCGCGGAACUGCAUCGGCAUGGAGCUGGCGAUGGUGGAGAUCAAGCUGGUGGCGGCGCUGGUGUGCCGCGAGUUUGAUGUGGGGGAGGCUUGGGAGGAGUGGGAUAGCAAAAGGAGUGUGAAGGGUCAGGGAAAUACUGUUGAUGGGGAGAGGCUUUAUGGGUGUGGGCAGACGGUGCAGCACCCGAAGGAUGGGAUGCCGGUGCAUGUAAGACGGCGGUGA